UCUACCUUCGUUGGGAACAAUUUCUCAACAAUUAUAGGUACAUAGGUGAAAUCCGUGUUCCCAGAUGGAUUCAUUUUACUCCUUGGGAUGAAAUUGAAUUCCAUGGAUUUUGUGAUGCCUCGAAAAAGGCAUACGCCGCAGCGGUAUACGUGAAAAUACGGGAACGUAAUUCCGAUAGCGUGGCGUACAUUAACUUAUUGGUAGGUAAAACGAAGGUAGCGCCUGUGAAAACUAUCUCGCUACCUCGGUUAGAAUUGUGUGGCGCAUUACUUCUGUCUGAAUUAAUUAACACGUUGCUCCCACAACUGGAAAUAUCUCAACCAAUGGUGUAUAAGUGGACCGACUCGACCGUUGUGCUUUCGUGGCUGAAGAAGCCACCGUGCUCCUGGACAACGUUCGUGGCAAACAGAGUCGCCAAGAUUGAAGAAUUAGUAGGAAGCUCAGGAUGGAAUCACGUAAAUUCAGCUGACAACCCCGCUGAUCUUGGCAGUCGCGGAGCUUCACCUCAAGAACUAGCCAGAAGCACUCUCUGGUGGCAUGGACCAAACUGGUUGACCAAGGAACAAUCUCAAUGGCCACUUCCCGAGAAGGACAUUGUCUUUAAUACGGAGUUAGAGCAAAAGACAACGCGAGUACAUGCAACCAGCGUCCAAGACCACGAAGAUAUUUUAGAUAGGUUCUCAGAUUUCAGAUUUCUCCAGAGCACUGCGCGUAGUAACAAGAAUUUUCAGGUUUUAUAAACGCGCGCACUCGACGCACCAAGAAACAGUGACGGAGAAUCAAAACGAGUUAACCACGGAAGAAAUUCGAGGAGCCAAAGCACGACUUAUUAUCCUAGCGCAAAAACACAGCUACUCGGAUGAAUACCAGGCUCUGAGCAAGUCAGCUCCCGUCAGCGCAAAAAGUGCUCUAAAAACUCUAAGCCCAUUUCUCGAUAAAAAUGGGAUUAUGAGAGUUGGAGGAAGACUUGCGCCGUCGAAUCUGUCAUAUAGCCAGCGUUUUCCCAUCAUUCUACCCUACAGUUGCCAAUUCUCUAGACUGCUCGUAAAAUUCUCCCAUUUGAUUUCGCUGCACGGAGGAAACCAAUUAAUGGUGAGACUGUUGAGAUCAGAGUUUUGGAUCGUCAGGAUGAAAAACCUUGUAAAAAAUAUUGUUAACAAUUGUAUAGUUUGUAUCAUUUACAGGAAGAAAACGCGAGUACAAAUAAUGGCAGCCUUACCUCCAGAACGCACAGAGCUAACCAGACCAUUCGCAAACACGGGCAUCGAUUUCACCGGCCCGUUCGACAUUCGUAACUUUACCGGACGAGCCUGCCUAAUUACUAAAGGCUACGUCUUCGUCUUCGUAUGUUUUGCAAAAAAGGCUAUCCACUUAGAAGCCACGAGCGAUUUGUCUACCUCAACCUUCAUAGCCGCCUUGAAUCGAUUCGUAGCUCGGCGUGGAUGCCCACGCAAUAUAUAUUCCGAUAAUGGCACGAAUUUCGUGGGGGCUAACAAAAUGAUAAAGCAGGAUUUUGAGAACUUCGUCAAAUCGGCAUCCCAUCUGGCUAUUCAAUCCUUCGCCCACCAGGAGUUGAGCUGGCACUUCAUACCUCCCGGUGCACCCCAUAUGGGAGGAUUAUGGGAAGCCGGAGUAAAAAGUUUCAAAACACAUUUCAGGAAGGUAUCGGAAUCAAUGCGAUUCACGAUGGAGGAGUUUUCAACCCUGUUAGCCAAAAUCGAAGCUUGUCUAAACUUAAGACCGAUUAGCCCGCUUUCAGACGACCCCGACACAUUGGAACCACUCACCCCAGGACACUUUUUGGUCGGAAGCCCGCUACUCGCAAUGGCUGAACCGGAGACAGUCGGCAACCCGAUAUCGAUCGUCAACCGCUGGCAGAAGAUAAAAGCAAUUCACUAAGGAUUCUGUGGUCGUUGGAAAGCAGAAUACCUUAAAGAAUUGCAGAAACGCGUGAAUGGCAAUCACCCCAACGAAACCUCGAAGUGGAUGACUUCGUAGUUAUCUAAGAAGAAGAUAACUCACCCCCAAACGAAUGGCGGCUCGGCAGAGUCAGUCGAGUUUUUUUAGGUUCAGACAAUCGAGUUCGAGUUGCAGAAGUCCGAACGGAACGCGGAAUAAUCACCAGGCCAAUCAAUUCCACCCAACAGUCAAAAUGGUACGAGUCCAACCAAAAAAUCACCAAAAUAAGAAGGCGACGAACAGAUGCCCCGUAUGUAGUCAUAACCACCGACUAGUAUUUUGUCGGGAGCUGCGUCGCACGGAAGCAGCCGAGAGACCUCGAGCCGUCCUCGUGCACCACCAUUGCGCCAAUUGUUUAUCCCCCCAUCACAUGGCGAA